GAAAUAGCAUAUUUUAACGGACCAGGGAUGACAAAGAGAAUGGGAUACCGAGACUGGAGAUGGCAGGCGCUUUGGUGGCAUCAUUUCUUUCUCUUGUGGAGUACAAUAGACGGACAGACUCGCUACAGCAUCCCAGAGGAACUAAAACAAGGCUCUGUGGUAGGAAAUCUGGCCAAAGAUCUUGGUUUGGGACUAUCAGAUUUUUUUGACCGUAAACUGCGAGUCGCCUCUGAGGCUGGUGAGCAGUAUUUCAGUGUGGAUGCGGGGAAGGGCGAGCUGGUGGUGAAUGACAGAAUAGACAGAGAGGCUUUAUGCGGACAAAGCGCCAGCUGUGUGUUGCCUCUGCAAGUAGUAAUAGAGAACCCAUUACAUCUUUAUCGAAUAGAGGUAGAAAUAAGAGACGUCAAUGACAAUUCCCCGAGUUUUCUCAGCAAAGAAAGAAAUUUAAAAAUUGCAGAGUUGACAGCGGUGGGUGCGCGCUACCCUUUGGAAACCGCACAAGAUCUCGACGUAGGCAGUAAUUCAGUAAAGUCGUACAGUCUUAGCAAAGAUGAAUGUUUUAAUCUUAAAAUUAAAGAGCUGGCUAAUGGAAGAAAAGUGCCAGAGCUUGUGUUAGAGAAACCGCUGGACAGAGAAAAACAAAAUGUCCAUCAUUUACUGUUGACAGCGUUAGACGGCGGCAAUCCUGUCAAAACAGGAACAUCAAAGAUUAUAGUAACCGUCUUAGACAACAACGACAAUGUCCCUGUUUUUAAAAAGGCGUUAUACAAAAUAAGUGCACCUGAAAAUAGUCAAAGUGGCUUCAUGCUCGCAAAGGUAGAAGCAACAGACGCAGACGAGGGUAUAAACGGUGAGAUUGAAUAUUCAUUUGCUGAACACACAUCGGAGACAUUGUUGUCAAUUUUUCAGAUAAACUCGGCAACAGGAGAAAUUUUCCUAAUAGGACAGUUAGAUUAUGAAAAUGCUGCAACAUAUGAAAUAGACAUUACCGCAAAAGAUAAAGGCAUUCCUGAAAUGGAGGGUCAUUGUCGUGUACAAGUGGAGGUCAUAGAUAUGAAUGAUAAUGCUCCAGAAAUAGUUCUAACUUCACAACCGAGCCACGUACCCGAGAACGCACCCAGUGGAACAGUUGUGGCUCUGCUUACUGCACGGGACCUUGACUCCGGUGAUAAUGGAAAAGUGACAUUGCAACUUCCAAAAGAUUCUCCUCUAACUCUCAAACCUUCGUUUUCCAAUAACUAUGCACUGGUUACCAGUGGUCCUUUAGACAGAGAGAGCUGCUCACACUAUAACAUUGAGAUAACAGCCACUGAUUCAGGCUCUCCUCCUCUGUCCAGUAAGAAAACUAUACCUGUCAGCAUCACUGAUGUCAAUGACAACCCUCCUCUAUUCACUCAGCCCUCCUAUAAUUUAUAUUUAAAAGAGAAUGGGGUACCAGGAUCUAUACUGUACUCAGUAUCAGCAUCUGACCUGGAUUUUGCUGAAAAUGCUAAAAUCUCUUACUCUAUACUGGACUCCAAAGUGCAGGACGUUUCUGUGUCGUCGUACGUUUACAUCAACUCAGAUAACGGCAGCAUCUACAGCAUGCACUCGUUUGACUAUGAGAAACUGAAGGUGUUUCAGAUUCAGGUUCAGGCCAAGGAUCAGGGCUCUCCGUCUCUCAGCAGCAACGCCACUGUCCAUGUUUUUAUCCUGGACCAGAACGACAACGCCCCCGCUGUUAUUUACCCGUCCUCCGCUGCCCUGGGCUCCCUCUCUCAUCAGAGGAUGCCCCGCUCGGCUAAAGCGGGUCACCUGGUUACUAAGGUGACGGCCGUGGACGCCGACUCGGGCCAUAACGCCUGGAUCUCCUACAAACUGGCGGAGGCCACAGACGCCUCUCUGUUCACUGUCAAUCUGUACACAGGGGAGGUGAGGACUAAACGCGCUGUGUCCGAGCAGGACGACUCCUCUCAGAGGCUGCUUAUAGAGAUCAAGGACGACGGGGAGCCGGUCCAGUCCGCCACCGUCACGGUGUCCAUCCUCAUGGAGGACGGUCUCCAUGAGCCCAUCUUAGACCUGCGACAGAAAGCGACCGAGCCCAGCAAGAAAAACGGGAGAAUCACCCUUUAUUUGAUUCUGUCUCUGGCCUCGGUGUCCGUGCUGUCUCUGCUGACUUUUCUCAUCUUAGCGGUUAAAUGCAUCAGGAGCAGCAGAAGCAGCGGUAGUUGCUGCAUGAGACGGAGCGACUGUGAUGAUUACAAGAACCCCAACAGAAACCUGCAGAUUCAGCUCAACACUGACGGACCUAUAAAGUACGUGGAGGUCCUGGGAGGAGACAUGUUGUCUCAGAGUCAGUCCUUCAGGUCCUGCAUGUCUCCAAUGUCAGAGUACAGUGAUUUCACUUUGAUUAAGCCCAGCAGCACCACAGACUUUAAGGAGGUGAUCAGUGUCCUGGAUGCGUCUUUACCUGACAGCACCUGGACCUUUGAGAGCCAGCAGGUGAGCAAAAAGUCAUUUUAA